UGAUCCGAGAUAACCACACUUCCACCGCUUAUCCGUGCCUACCCGCCACAGGCAUCGACAGUCACAAAGUGGACUUGCAACGGAAAGCACACAUACGUUCGUCGCUUCCGAAAAGGCAGAGAUUUGGUUCGGAACGACCAAUUGCAGUUUUGUUAUCGUUAUUGUUGUUGAAAACGGGCGGGAAAGGAAUUUGCGCUACAGGCUGGUGCAGAGGUAAACAAGCGCUUUCCAAGCCAGAUAGUGUUCUGAUUGUUGAACUGAAACUGGCAGUUACGGUUGCGGGAAAGAAGCUCCAACCGAACGGUGAUAACAGUGCUAGAAUAGUUGAGAGGUGUGUGAGCUGCCUGUGUGUGGCGAAUCGAACCUGCACCGAACUACGUGACUUUCUUGUGCUGCGAAAUAGUUUUCGUGGGAAAGGUGAAAGAAGAAACGCUGGUUGGGGAAUAAGUCGGUCAUCAAUUUGAAGGUUCCUGUUUUGUGUUUUGUUGAUAGUGACAAUUUCCAGGAACAACUUGUUGGAUAUGUGUAAAAUCUUCAUCUCGGGUGAAUUAGUGCGGAAUAUUAUGAUUAAUUUGAGUUUGUUUUCUUAGUGAUACGUAUACUGAAGUGAUAAAAACUUUUACAUAGUAAUCAUGCAGAUGGCACGCACCUUCUUGGACCUGCUGUGGGACUACGGCGUGUUCGUGGUGUUCAUCAUCUUCUCCACGCUGGUUCCCCUGUGGGGACGUUUCUUCGGCAAGAAGGAGAAAACCAAAGCGGACUAUGUGUUCGGGUUGGGUACGAUUUCGAUGGGUGCCAUGAUGCUGUCGAUCGCCCGCGGGACGCUGGGCGUUCGAUCGUUCCUGGGAUAUCCGAGUGAACUGUUCUACCGUGGGUCGGCCAUGUGGGAAACCCUGUACGGGAUGGUGACCGCCUAUCCGAUCGUUUGCUUCGUAUUCAUCCCGGUGUACUUUAAUCUGGGCGUUACCUCCGUUUACCAGUAUUUGGAUUUGAGGUUCAACAGCCGCAUAGUUCGUUGCCUGGCGUCCGGAACCUACGUGGUCCGAUCUUUACUAAACCUUGGCGUUACGGUUUACACUCCAACGGUAGCUCUGAAUACCGUCAUCGGAAUACCUUACUGGGUCUCCUUACUCGGAAUAUCCGUCAUCAGUAUCAUAUUUAACCUGCUAGGAGGACUGAAAGCAGCUAUCAUGGCCGAUGUAAUCCAGGGAGUCACCAUGAUCUUGAUCUCGAUCGGAAUCAUCAUCCAGUCAAUGGUCACAGUUGGAGGUUUCGGGAAGAUUUUCACGAUUCCCGCAGAAAAUGGUCGCCUAAACUUCUUCAACUUUACGGGAGACUUCACGAUACGAGUGGAUACAACUUCGGCCUGGUUGGGACAGCUCUUCAUGUCGCUGAGUAUCUUCGGCUGCCAACAAAACUUUGUGCAACGUUAUCUGAGCAUGAGCACGUUUAAGGAGGUGCGUCGCACUCUGAUGAGCAACAUUCCUGUCGUGGUCACGUUGUUCUCUUUGGCGUGGAUCGUCGGAAUGGGAGUCUACUCGGUGUACGCUGAUUGUGACCCGAUGACCGAAGGCUACAUCAACAAGAUGGACGAAAUUUUGCCAUUUUUCGUGGAGGACAAAUUCAGCUAUCUGCCAGGAGUGUUGGGAUUAUUUAUGGCAUCGCUGUUCAACGGAGCGUUGAGCUUGAACGUGUCCAAUCUCAACUCGCUGGCUACCGUUACCUGGGAGGACUUCCUGUCGCAGUUGCCACGUUUUAAGGGCAUCAGCGACAAGCAACAGUUGACCAUCAUCAAAUUCAUCGGAUCAGUCUACGGAGUUAUGGUCAUGGGUGUUGGCUUUGCUGUGGGCCUUUUGUCCGGAGUGAUCGAAAGCAGUAUGCUAAUGACCUCCGCAACGUCGGGACCGCUGCUAGGAGUAUUUCUUCUUGCCAUGCUCGUACCAGUAGCCAACUGGAAAGGCGCAGCCUGCGGAAUGAUUGUUUCUCACAUUAUCACUCUAUGGAUUACGUUCGGAAGUCUUACCGUCAACAAAGAAACUGUACUGCUGCCUACUACUAUUGAGGGUUGUACAAACGAGACAUUCUCGGCUGGCAUUAUCAAACCAUCCAAGUCGUGGCUUCUCUCCAACACUCCCCUCGAAGUUGAAUCGGACUUCUCCUACCUGGACGGACCCUCGGAGGUGCACAUCCCGGAAACCCGUCAGUUCCCGGAAAACCUGUACUCAAUCUCGUACAUGUACUACAGCUUAAUCGGAACAUUCCUAACCGUCACCAUCGGAAUCCUCGUCAGUUAUCUGACACAAAACCGAGAUGAUGCUUACGACCACAAACUCCUUCAUCCGGCAGUCUAUCGUUUGAGCCGAAUGCUGCCCGGUAAGCCCCGCCGCUAUGUCAACAACCCCGACAUUCGACCAAAACACGCCCCAGCGACAUCCAAGAAAAUCCCUCUGGACAACCCGGCCUUCGAGCCAGGCAUGGAGUCGAUACACGGGAAGAAGUCUCCCCUGGAGCCGUCGGUAUUCGUCGUCAACACGCCGCCGGCUUCGUCCAGUGUUCCCAGUGCUGAGUCAGCUGCGUUUACCAACCGACAGUUAGACUGCGGCGAACUGACAGAAGUCCGAACGUGAGUCUCCGCUAUCGCCACCUUGAUUAGCUAGUAAGUGUGUGCCGCUGAUCAUUAUUUAAUGCGUUUGUUUGUUAAGUUGUAAGAGCUUAGAACACAAAAGACUGUGAUAAGACAUAAUCAAGUUUAAGGAUAUUGAAAUAACUACAAAAACCCAGAUUAGAAUCCGAGUUUCCAUCGUUGUUGGAGCAACGAUUAUUUCAUGGAAUCGAAAUACAAGUACUUGCUAGUAUGAAUAUCUUUUUAGAAUAAAAUAUGUUUUACAACUCUUGA